CCCAAUCCUACCCUCCCGCCAGUCACUUUCUCCCCCCCUCACCCCCAACACGCAUUCAUCGGUCGGCGAAAGCUCGCCGUCUCUGCACCGCCCUCCGGCGGCGAUCGUCGGCGUCGCCCCGCUCUCGCUCCGGAACCGGCGCGCUUGGAGAGCUUCGCUCACCGGCCGUUCGUCCUUCUCCGUUUCCUCCCCCUUCGUCUUCAGCGCUCCCAUUUCGCGCUGUUCCUCCUCAGUAGCCGGGAGCUGCUAGGGUUUCGCUCGCGCUGCCUGUCGGGUAUGGAGCUCCUCAAAUGUCGGCGCCAGAAGCUGGUCCUCUCCAAGGGCUCGGCAGUGGAAGUCUCGCGCGGCGACGGCGGCGGCGGCGGCGGCUCGAGGGGGGCGGCGUGGUACGCGGCCAAGGUUGUGGACGUGGAGCCGCCGCCGCCGUGGAAGCAGUCCGGCAAGCUGAGUAAGGUUCAGAGGGUCUUGGUGGAGUAUGAGCAGCUGGUGAGUGAAGGCGAGCCUAAGCCUUUGGUUGAAUCGGUAGAGACUCGGUGCGUUAGGCCCCUUCCUCCGUCGCGCGAGAGUCAGCAAUGCAGCUUCGAGUUGGAUGAGUCGGUCGAAGCGAAGUGGAGGAAUGGAUGGUGGCAUGGGUUUGUGAAGAUGGUUUUGGAGGACUCGCGGUAUUGCGUCUGUAUCGACGGUAGGGUAGUUGAUGAUGUGUUUGAGAGCAGCGAUUUGCGGGAGCAUUGGAGCUGGAUCAGGGGGAGAUGGUAUCCCACCGGGAAGAAGGAGAAGAAUGAGCAGGAAGCUCCUUCGACUUUAUACAAUCAAGGGCCAUUAGAAGAACCGUGUGUUAGUAAGGAUAUGCCUAUCGUUGGAACAGAUGUUUUGGAGGACAGCACAAAAGUGGAAGCCACUGUUUCCUCAUAUUCAGCGAAGAAUACGGAGGUGCAGCCACUUCCACGGACUUUGAAGACUCCCUAUGCCUUGCGACCAGCUAGAAAGAUAAAGCGAGGAAUCUUGAUUGGAAAUGCAGCAAGUCGACAGCUUCUGAAGAAACUAAGUGAAGGCACUGCAAAGGGGCCAUCAGUUGCAGCAGAUCAGGUGAGAGAGCUGCUUAUGGAAGCAUCAAGAGUGCUAAAUGGUACAGCCAAGUCUAAAAAAGGAAUCUCCGGUGGUGGAAGGUUAAAGAAAACCGUAAUUGUUGAUGAUCCUUCUGUUAAAAGUGUUGCUGGAAUGGAAAAUGAGGAUCAGAAAGCAGUUGAAUUCAAUGACACUAUAAAGUUUGCUAUUCGAAGAAGGGGGAAAUUUGCUAUCUCGAAAGCUAAAUACUCGAACACACACAAACCAGGUAAGGAGGACAAUGCUGGAAGUGCUAUCAAGAGAGUUGUUCAAACUUUAAUGCAAGAAGACGGUUUUCCACGAUUGAAUUGCGUCUUAGGGUUGCAAGCUGAAGGAGUUGCAGAUACGGGUCAGCUUCCUAACAAAGAGUUGGGUAAAAAUGAGCAGAAGUGCGAGGGAAAGAGUCACAAAAGGAAGAGAAGAAAGCCACAGAAGUUGGUAGUCGUGAGACCUGAGGUUCCAGAGACAGGCAUGGAGCACAAUGUAACCAGCGCUGUGGUGGUCGGUGAACCAAUUUCAAAGGAUUAUGCUACCUGGAGAGUUCAACCAUCUUCAAGCUUGGGAGUACUUCAUUCUGGUGGUCCAGAUAAGUCCAGAAGGGAAGGAGCCAAUGGUUCUGGGAAUUUCAAGAAAAACAAUGACUUAUGCAAUGCUGAGACAUCCAACACGAAUGAAGAUCAACCUCUAUCAACAUGUUCUGAAGGAAUACGCACACCGAUAUGCAUUGAGGGAUCAAGUGAGAGCGUGUCUGGCGAGAGUAGAUGCUUAUUUGUGAAAACCUCGCCUGUUUGGAAGAUGAUUGAAUCAAUGGAAAUUUUCCAAACAACACCACAAAAUCCACAUUUCAUUCCUCUUCGGGUGUGUAAAGAAGGAUAUCGUGAAGGAGCAGCUAUUGGCAUCAUGGCAACUUUUGCAUCUUUGACUGAUAAAAUAUCCAACCUGCUAUUUGAUGACCUGAGAUGCCAUUUUGAUAGCUGCCUGGAGACUCUUUGUGACAUGGAAAAACAUGGAUUUGAGGUUACAGCUCUGCGGAGUCACGUGAACGAGUUGCUAGCAAUUAAGGAGAAGCAGGAACUGCUUCAGGAUGGGUUAAAGGACACCGAACUUGAAAUUGCUGACAAGGAACGCAAGAAGAGAGAAAUUAGUGAACAGAUGCAAGAAAUUGAUAAGAAGAUGACUGAGUUGCAAGCAAAAUAUGCAGUGCUGAAGUCAGAAAAGGAGAAAAAAGAUGUCGAGAUCGCUCGGUUGAGGAUGAGCUUGAAAGGCAACAAUGAACAAAUUUCAAGUGUGCGGCUUAAGUUUGAACAAUUGGCUGCUCUUCUCCCUUGGAAAUUUAACUGAUUAUCAAGAUCUUGAGGUUUGUUGUCUUGGGUCUCGUAAGUGUUAGUUCAUGGUAGAGUUUUGUAGUAUUUGCUUGGAACAUUUGCCUAGUAAAGUUCAUAGUUCUAAUUGGAGUAGUUGAGAAUGUAUUUAUAUUCCUCUCUAUCCAGUAGACUAGGACCCUUGUAACCUUUUCCUAUCAACGUAGUCGAGUCUUACUUUAAGAUUAGAAAUAUUUAUAUAUGAUGCAUGCCAUCGAAAUGCAAACGUUUCAUGUGGCCUGAUUUGUCUUUCACCA